AAUACGCACACCUUCCCUUAAACCAUCACACGCCAGAAAUGGAUUCCAAACUACCUCCGACAAAAAAGUUUUACAUACCACCGAAUUCCGAGCGCAAGGAAUGUGAAAUGUUCUGGGUUAAUAAUCAGCCUUUCCUUGCCUCCCAAGGAUAUAUGCUCCGGCCACGAUAUCACCCGGGUUGGAUUCCUUCCUGGAAGUCCGAUCCUAAACCGAUGGCGCCAAUCAGAUCUUACGAGGAUGAACAUGUUAUACACGGCCAUCGUAGGUGGCGAAUAAUAGAUGCCGUGCAUAUUCCAGACGGUUCCAAAGUUAUCCUCAAAGCUGUAUCAUUGCUCCCGGACGAGUUUGAACUGGGGAUUACGCAUUUUCUAUCAACGGAAGAAAUGAGGAAAGAUCCUCGUAAUAAUGCCAUACCUGUCCUGGACGCAUUCCCGAUUCCCUGUGUGGAGGAUUGGGCUAUAAUAGUCAUGCCCAUGUUUCGCGGCUUUGCAUCCCCUCCUUUUCAUUGCCGGUCGGAAUUUAUCGAGUUGUUUCAACAGCUGCUCGCCGGUUUAGAAUUUCUGCACAGUGAAAACAUUGCGCAUAGAGACAUCAGUGUAAACAAUAUUGUCAUGGACCAUCAGCGUGUCUUGCCUAAGGGUUACCAUUUCGGCUUGAAACGUAGCCACGAUGGCAUCGAAUGGGAGUUACCGACCGAACUUCGUUGUCGUGCUGGUCCGGUAGACUACUGUUACAUCGAUUUCGAGUUUUCAGAAUGCUUCCCCGAGGGAAGGGAGAAAACCCUCAUUUCUGGAAUAGCGGGCCAGCGGGUUCCUGAGGUGCAAGAUUCAGAUACGCUCUACAAUCCAUUCAAGGCAGAUGUUUAUCAGCUCGGUGUUGCCAUGCUCGAUAUAUUUGAGCGUUAUACUGGACUUGAUGACUUCAAACCUUUGCUACGGCAGAUGGCCUCGAUUGAUCCUGAUAAGAGACCAACAGCGUCAGAAGCGCUGGUCCAAUUCGAGGCUGUAGUCUCACGGUCGAGUCAAGCCUCCUUGUCAUGGAGGAUAUGGUCGAACCAGCUGUGUGACUCGUUGGUUCCAUGGUUUUGGGCCCGGUUUCUCUAUCGUAUCUUUCCCCCCUGCCGCUCGUCCGUUUAGAUGUUGUUCACUAUUUAUUAGGUUAUUAUCAUUAUUCAGCCGUUCUGUAAUUUAGCUCUGUAUCACACUUUUAGAGAAGGGCCCUGCUUUCGGCGCAAGAUG